UGUGCCGCCCCAGAGAGCAUUGCCACCCUAGGCGCCUGGCUAUAUCGCCUAUGCCAGGAUCCGCUACUGCGUCCAACACAACAUAACCCUGCACAAAAUAUAGCCAUCUUAAGGUUGCACACACCUUCAGAUAAACCCUAUGUAUUUGUGAUGCUGGUUUUGGGUGGAGCAGCAGAUAUCAGUCGAUGGCGUUGAGCGUGGCGAAAGACUGACUUCUCCCGGAAGUGGGUGGUUUAGUCGCCACUCGGUCACUGCUGGCUAAUGAGCGAUCGCUGGGAUGAAGGAGAGUUGGGGACAUUCUUACGGCUGAAAAAUAUCCAACGACAUAUUUCUAAAAUAAUUAUAUUUUUAAGAAAAUAUAGUUGCGGUCCACCGCAGAAACCUCUCACAAACGCUAUCAGAAAAAGCCCAGACACCUCGCCGCCAAGAUGAUGGAAGAAAUUGACAGAUUCCAGGUGCCGACUGAGGCAGAGAUACAGCCAUUUGAUCCAGCAUCGUCAACCGCAUCAGAGGCUGAUUCAGAUACCAGGGAGAGCGAGCCUGCCACUCUAAACUAUAAACCUUCUCCCAUUCACAUGAAGAUAGACAAACAGAGAGAGCUUGCUAGAAAAGGAUCACUGAAAAAUGGCAAUGCUGGAAGCCCUGUCAAUCAACAACCCAAGAAAAAUAAUGUGAUGGUCCGGACAAGGCUAGUGGUUCCCAAUAAAGGCUACUCCUCUUUAGACCAGAAUCCAGAUGAGAAGCCUUUAGUUGCUCUGGACACAGACAGCGAUGACGACUUUGACAUGUCUAGAUAUUCCUCAUCAGGAUACUCGUCAGCUGAGCAGAUAAACCAGGACCUGAACAUUCAACUACUAAAAGAUGGAUACAGGCUGGAUGAGAUCCCUGACGAUGAAGACCUGGAUCUCAUACCGCCAAAAUCUGUCAACUCAACCUGCAUGUGCUGCCAAGCCACUUCUUCCACUGCUUGUCAAAUCCAGUAAACUCACAUUUCUUCCCUCCCUUUGCUCCCUGUCAAUCUCUCCCUAUCUGUUUUCUUUAAUAGUCUCAGUCAAAACAUCUAGUCAGUAUUACAAAGGGAAAUGUACAGUAAAUGUUAUGAUGAACAUGGUUUACAGGAAAAUGUGAACACACAAAAAACACAUUAUAUGUAUGCACACAUUUACUAUAACAUAUGAUUCUUAACAUGACUACUAUCGGUUGCUUCCUCCUAUGGCAGGAUACGCACUGUAAGCUAAUAAGCUGGAGAGAGUCUGCUGUCUUGCAUCUCCUAUCCAGCAUUGUGUUAUAAGUGAACAUAGAAAAAAUAAAGCAUUAAAAAGCUUUAAUUAUGAAUUAAACAAAACUUGAUGUUACAGAGAGUUUGAAAUAGCUUAUAUACAGAAUUUUCUGCUUUCAUGUUGCACUCGUUGCAUUAACUUUGUCGUUACGGUAUGUAACUGGUUGGAUGUUUAUUGUUAGUGGCUGCUAUUGAGGCUAUACUGUACUUCAGUUUGUUUCCGUUUAACAUUUUGCAUGUUGGUGCGUUUGUACUGCAGCGCUAACAGCAGCCUUGUCUGGUAUGCACCUGAGCAUCACACUUUUAAAAACGUAAUAUCUCACAUAUUUAUUUGUGUUUAUCUGAAUCACAUUUGCAUCAGCACUGGAUUACAGACUAAUUAAAAUAAUGGAAAUGUUUCUUUACAGUGACCCUUUUUAGAUAGUCUGAAUAGUUUUACCUGAUUGGAAAUGGAAGUGUAGCAGUAGUUCUGUCUGGAAGACACAGUAGCAUUACACCAUUUAUUUAAUUCAGGCAUUUCAUCCAAUUAUAAUCCUGCAUCUGCUUUAUCUUUAUAAACUCUGCAGCUGUCUUUCAUAGCUCGUUAUGCACGUUGAUUUCACCCCCAUCUACCCAUUCACGACCAGUUUAGGUCCAGUCCUGCAGUAGGCGUAAGUUCCUCUCCCAUGCCGUGUUUUCUGCCAGGAUCUGACAUCUGAACGAGAAUCUAAGAGCUGAACCGUAGCACAGGGUUUACAUGAUUAUUCUCAAUUAUUCUCGUAUCUUUCUCUUAGAAAUGUCAAGGCCUGGGCUAAUGUUAUUUUCACAAUACCAUGUCACCACGGACCUAAGAUGAUAAAAAUUCUUAUAUGAAGACCUAUUCUGAGUGACUGUCUCUCACUGCAGGUUAUAAAAUGUUCAAUAUUUAAAGCUCAUGUAAGCUUAUUUAUAAAGAAUUGUUUUAUUCAAGGAGAUGUUCAGAAAUCAAACAGUAGUGGCUGAUCUGAUCAGGUGAUCCUGCCAAAUAAUUUUUAUGUACAUUUUUUGUGGAAUGUGCUUUCUGUUCUUUAUAAUUUAGCAUAUAUAUGAUAAAUAUCUCAUGGAAAUCAGUUACUUCUCAUUCAGUACUUUCGCAGAUACCAUGGGCUGUUUAUACACAUACCGUUUUCCACUGGUUUUAGGAGCUACAUACAGAAUGUUAGCUUUGUCAAAAUAAUACAUUUUUUCAGCCUGUCUUAACAUCCAUUAUUAUUAUUAAACAUGAUUAAUUCUGUCAAUGAUGAAGCUGCAAUAUUUGUGUGUUAUUUUGCACUGUUCCUCAACACAUUCAAUCCUUUUCCAGGUUAUAGCUUACCCUUCUUUUGAGUUUUGAAGCCAAACACAGGAUUUUCAUAAGGCUAUUUUAUAUAUUAUGUACACAUUUUCAUGAUCAAGCUGUUUCACAAAAUCCAAAUUUUAACUUCUCUUAUUCACCAUUUAGUCUAUCUUAACUAUGACUAAAAUGUAAUAGCCUGAUGUGUUCAAUUAAAAGCGUAACCAAAGGUGAGAACUUGUGGAUGGAUAAAAGCAGUGUUUUCUGUCAUAAAUGUAACAAAUGAUGUGGGAAAGCCCAUUUAUGUGAUAUGUUGUUAUCGGUUUCAGUGAUAUCAAUAAAAUCUCACCUGAAUUAUGAUUUACUAAUUUCAAGACCGAAAGAAAGCCCAUGCAGCUUGAUUGUGAGCUUUAUGAAACGAUAAUUGUUAUUGUUAUUAUAUAUAUUUAAUUAGAAUUUACACAAGCAAAUGUAACCCUUACUGUCAUCUUUCAUUUGUUUUAAUGUGUCAGCCUGUAAUGCCAUAAUUUGCAGGCAAUGAAAUUAAAAAUAUGAAUGUUGCACUUAAAUGAUAUUGAUGUAAAGUACAGAAUAUAUAAGUACAAUUGUAGUAGCUCAAAGUUUAAAUAUAUACAGUACAUAUAAAAGUAAUUGAUACAU